CGGACUCCAGCCCUCCCUCUCCCCUCCUCUUUCCCCGUCAGAGCCUUGCAAACUUGUUAAAAGCUCUCUCAGUGUUCCAAGUUAGAAAAAACUUUUACGAGGUAUCAGCACUUUUCUUUCAUUAGUGGGGAAGGAAGGAUGAAAAAUCCACAGCAGCCGUAGACUUUAAAAGUUUCUAUAGACAGGUCUGAGUGCCUGAACGUGCUCUUCCAUUUUACUUUAACCCUCCAAAGAAGUAUUCUGAUCCCGUUUCACUGCUGAGCAACCAGGCCAGCAUCCUGUGAAGAUGGGUGACUGGAGUGCCUUGGGAAAGCUUCUGGACAAGGUUCAAGCCUAUUCUACUGCAGGAGGGAAAGUGUGGCUGUCUGUCCUCUUCAUCUUCCGAAUCUUGCUCCUGGGGACAGCAGUUGAAUCUGCUUGGGGAGAUGAACAGUCUGCUUUUCGGUGCAACACUCAACAGCCUGGUUGUGAGAACGUCUGCUAUGACAAGUCCUUCCCCAUCUCCCAUGUACGCUUCUGGGUUCUGCAGAUCAUAUUUGUGUCUGUGCCUACCCUGCUAUACCUGGCACACGUGUUCUAUGUCAUGAGGAAAGAAGAGAAGCUGAACAAAAGAGAAGAAGAGCUCAAGGUGGUCCAAAAUGAUGGUGUGAAUGUGGAUAUGCACCUCAAGCAAAUAGAAAUUAAGAAAUUCAAGUAUGGGAUUGAAGAGCAUGGCAAAGUGAAGAUGCGUGGGGGACUGCUCCGUACUUACAUCAUCAGCAUCCUCUUUAAAUCUGUCUUCGAGGUGGCCUUCUUGCUGAUCCAGUGGUACAUUUAUGGGUUCAGCCUGAAUGCCAUCUACACCUGUGAGCGAGACCCAUGCCCGCACAGAGUGGACUGCUUCCUCUCCCGUCCAACUGAAAAAACCAUCUUCAUCCUCUUCAUGCUGGUUGUCUCCUUGGUAUCUCUUGCCUUAAACAUCAUCGAGCUUUUCUAUGUGUUCUUCAAGGGCGUCAAGGAUCGCGUGAAAGGCAAAACCGACCCCUACUCCCACAGCGGUGCCAUGAGCCCUUCCAAGGACUGCGGCUCCCCCAAAUAUGCUUAUUACAAUGGCUGCUCCUCCCCAACCGCCCCCUUGUCUCCCAUGUCUCCCCCAGGGUACAAGCUGGUUACUGGAGACAGGAACAAUUCCUCCUGUCGCAACUACAAUAAGCAAGCCAGCGAGCAAAACUGGGCCAACUACAGCGCGGAGCAGAACAGAAUGGGGCAGGCUGGCAGCACCAUCUCCAACUCGCACGCCCAGCCCUUCGACUUCUCCGAUGAGCACCAGAACACUAAAAAGCUGGCGUCAGGACAUGAGCUGCAACCUCUCACCAUUGUGGACCAGAGGCCUCCCAGCAGAGCCAGCAGCCGAGCUAGCAGCAGGCCUCGACCUGACGACCUGGAGAUCUAAGCUUCUAGCUGCAGUACUUGCUCAACUAUGACACGACGUGCAUUGGAAGAUGCAGUCAGUGCUGAUCUUGUUCCAGCCGAGGUGGUACUUAACAGUCUCAAGCAGGAGAUUUUAACAAUCAUAAAACAAACAAACAAACAACAAACAAACAAAACAAGCAAACAAACUUUUAAAAUACUUGCUGGUUUUUUUUGGGGGAGGGGAUGCAGGGUUGGUGUGGGGUGGUACAGUACACGUUGGUAUUUAAUGUAGCUGGUUUAAAGAGUUUAAAGACUAAAAAAGGAAAAAAAAAAGGAAAAAGGUAGUCAGUACUAAGGUAGGGGGUUGUUUUUUUUCUAGAGAGGCUGUAAAUAUCUGAGAGAGAGUGUGUGUGUGUGUGCGUGUGAUUGUGUUUGUUUCUAAAGAAUCUUCUGUAAUACUAAAACCCAGUAAUAACUGAGCUCACAUUUGUCAGGGUGAAGUGCUGCCUGAAGAUGAAAACAAUUUUUUCUACUCAACAAGCAAAAAAAACAAACCACCAACCAACCAAACAAAAAGGCCAGGAUUGCCUCUGAUCAUUUCCCUGUCAAGAACAUUCCAUUCUUAGAAAGUGCACUUUGAAGGUAAAAAGUUUCCUAUGUUGUCGAAAGGCUCCUGCGAGGACAAGCUACAGCCUUUGAAUCAUUCAACACAGCUUUCAGACAUGGCCCACCGAGAAAUGCUUUGGUCACCUGCUUUGCCAACCCUUCACACAGGUAGAUUUGUUGUGCUGUGCGUAAGAGGGGCAGCUUGGAGCUCUAGAACCAGCAACUAGACUCUUGCCCACAGCCAGAUUCGUGUCCUGCUGCUCACCUACCGUUUAACCAGCAGCAUGUGAAACCCGGGCUGCUGCCGCUUACAGAUUUGAGCAUUAAGGCAGGCGAGCGACUGCCUUUAGCCAAUUUUAUCACACCUUUAUGUACGUGAAGGGUGUGCAGAGGUGUGUGGACGUGGAGGGGAAGGGAUACACAAAGCACCCUGGGGAGCAUACGCUGAGAAGCAAGCGCACAGAGAUUCCUUGCAGUUGACACUUCUCUCACGGAUGUUGUGAAGCUGUGGGCCACGGAGGUGUUUACAUUCUCUGAAUCCUUCAAUGCAAGUGAAGCACAUGUCAUUAUAUUUUUUUAAUUCUAGAGAAUAUUUUCCACGUGUCCUAAAUGGAUGCUUUUUUAAAAAUGGAAAAAAAAAAAAGAAAAAAAUUAAAAGGGCCUAAUCCUGGAUGCCUUGCUCUGGAAAAUCUCUUCUUCUUUUUUUUCCCUAAGUCAGUGGGAGCUUUGCCUGAAAGAAGGCUACGGGAUCGAGGCCGAGAUGUAGCGAACCGUGUUCUUACUGGCAUGAAUGGUUUUCUUUCGUAGAAGUUAGGGGUGGAAAAGACCCAUUAGGUGAUCUAGCCAAUCUCCCUGAUAGGUAAUAAUGAUGCUUGAAUGAUAGAAGAUGUAGUACUGUAAGCAAGCUUUAGUCUUUUAUGUGAGAAACUUAGAAGAACUGCUUUCUGCUGGAUUAAUAAUAAAAUAUGCCUAUGUGACUUUUGCAGUAACUGGUAUUUUUCUUCUUCUAAAUAUUCACAUUUACUGAACUGUAAUGUCCACUCCCAAGGUUGACCAUUAGGUCUUUCCAGAUGACUCUAGCAACUUUGGUUGACCAUUAGGUCUUUCCAGAUGACUCUAGCAACUUUGGUUGACCGUUAGGUCUUUCCAGAUGACUCUAGCAACUUUGACCAUUAGGUCUUUUGAGAUGACUCUAGCAACUUUGACCAUUAGGUCUUUCGAGAUGACUCUAGCAACUUUAGUGUUUACACUUAGCUUUUGUUUGAAAUGCAAGUGAAGUUGAAAGGAUUUUUAAAGAGUACAAGUCUAGCUAAUUUAUUUGAAAUACAUGCUUAAGAAAUCUACCAGUUUCUUCAAAGGCAUAGCCUCUUAGCAGAACACAGGUUGACCAAGGAACUACGUAGCUUGGUUUCAUUUUGCAGCAACACAGAUGAAUUUGUUCCAUUUAAUGCAUUCUAUUAAUUUGUUUGACAUUCCAUGUUAAACUACUGUUGUGUUCAACUUCAUUGCAUGUAUGCGACCAUAGUCCAUCGGAUCAUGUUGUCUGGAGAACAUUAGUCAAUAAAGUUUUAAUUUAGUAUAAAUA